AUGAACAACAGGUGCAUCCUCCAACUGGCUCUCCUGUUGUGCUUCUCCACCACAGCUCUUUCCCUAAGUUACAACCUGCUUCGACUCCAACAGUUCAACAGCAGUGUGGAAUGUCAGAAGCUCCUAGAGCAGUUGAAUGAAAGGCCUGCAGACUGCCUCAGUGACAGGAUGGACUUCAAGAUCCCCAAGGAGAUCAAACAUCCACAGCAGUUCCAGAAGGCGCAGGCUGCCUUUGUCAUCUAUGAGAUGCUCAAGGACAUCUUUCAUGUAUUCAAAAAAGGCUACUAUAAUCCUGACUGGAAUAACACCAUUGUCACAGACCUCCUUCAUGAACUCCAUCAGCAGAUGGUCCUCCUGAACACAACGGUGGUAGAGAAACUGGGGGAGGAAAACAAAAGACAGGCAUACUCCAUGAUUAUCCUGCGCCUGAAGAGUUACUAUGUGAGGAUCCGGAUGUACCUGGAGGCCAAGGAGUACAACAGCUGUGCCUGGACAGUCGUCAGAGAGGAACUCUACUGGAACUUCUCCUUCAUUAACAGACUUACAGACAAAUUCCAAAACUGA